UCUUUUAACAUUUCUAAACUGUUCAUACUUUAUUAAACAAGUGCAUUAAUUUAGGAGUAUAUGUCUUUCUACUAGUAACGAUAAAUUUUAAAAUUAAAAUUUUUCAAUACAAUAAAAAGUAGUUAAAAAAAAAUUUAAAAAAAAAAUAUUCAAAAUCAUAAAAAGUGAAUUCCCAGGUGAAGAAUUUUAAGCCGAGGGAGUACUAUUUUUUACAAGCUCUAUGGGCCCCAGUUAUUUUGAAUUAUCCACGUAGAGUUAAAAUUAUCCACGUAGAGUUAAUUCGAAGCUAUGUGGGGCCUACCCUGGUUAUUCUGGAGGGCUGACGCGGCAUAAAGUUACGAGGGGAGACCGACAGAGACACGACGGCGACAGCGAGUUCAAACUCUUCCCUCACUCCUGAGUUUCUUUACUUUGCAAUCCCAGCAUCUCUCUUUCUGUCGCUCUCUCGCGCGCGCGCAAACACUCAACCCCAUUCAUUUCAACCUGUUCCGUGAUUCCCUCCUUCCUCUCUAUCGACCUGUCUCUUCCUUUCUCUAAAGUCUCCGAUCACAAACACUCCAUUCUUGCAUCACUUAUCACCUGCCUUUGAAUUUUCCGGUGAGCUGAAGCGGCAAUUUUCAACCAAACUACUCGUCUUUCUCAGUUGUAGCCUUAUGUUGAGUAUUUUUUAUUGAGGGUGGUGGUGGUGAAUUGGAUGGGAUAUGGCGGAACCACGGUCAGUGGACUUGAAAGAGACCAAGUUCCGUAAAGGGGUUUUCGCUGUGGUUGGAAUCAUGUCCACUCUCCUCAUCUAUGGCCUCUUACAGGAGAAGAUCAUGAGAGUUCCAUAUGGACCAAACAAAGAAUUUUUUAAAUACUCAUUGUUUCUUGUUUUCUGCAAUCGCAUUACAACAUCAGCGGUUUCAGCAGGCGCUUUACUGGCAAGUAAAAAGGCAUUGGACCCUGUUGCUCCAGUCUAUAAAUAUUGCCUUGUAUCAAUAACGAACAUUCUAACCACUACAUGUCAAUACGAGGCCCUUAAAUAUGUCAGUUUUCCUGUUCAGACACUUGCAAAAUGUGCCAAAAUGAUACCUGUGAUGCUUUGGAGCACUGUCAUUAUGCAAAAGCAUUACAAGGCGCAAGACUAUUUUUUGGCUUUUCUAGUGAUGCUUGGGUGUGCAUUAUUCAUUCUAUACCCGGCUGCAGGUGACAUUAGUCCAUACGAUAGAGGAACGGAAAGCACUGUCUGGGGUGUUUCAUUAAUGAUUGGUUAUCUUGGGUUUGAUGGCUUCACAAGCACAUUCCAGGAUAAUUUAUUCAAAGGAUAUGAUAUGGAAAUACACAAUCAAAUAUUCUACACAACAUCAUGUUCUUGUAUACUCAGCUUGACUGGUCUAAUACUACAGGGGCAUCUUCUAAUGGCAGUAGAUUUCGUUUACCGCCACAAUGAUUGUUUCUUCGACAUUGCACUGCUUUCCACUGUAGCAACUGCCAGUCAAUUCUUCAUUUCUUACACAAUUCGCACAUUUGGCGCUCUAACAUUCGCUACAAUAAUGACAACUAGACAGUUGGUGAGCAUUCUGCUGUCAUGUUUGUGGUUUGCCCAUCCACUCAGCUGGGAACAGAGCGUUGGAGCUGUUAUUGUUUUUGGAUCCCUUUAUGCAAGAAGCUUUUUGAAAAAUAGACCUCAGAAACCGUCAUCUCCAGAACAUUUGCAAAAUUGACCUAGUCCACUGAAGGCAAACCCCUGAUACAAGAUGGUCUGGUGUUCCCUCUUCGGUAUUGGCUUCAAGUCCAGUGAUAGGGUGCUGUAUUUGCAGCAGCGUGGAGUGCAUGCCUAUAUGUACAAAUAUUUCAUAGGGAUAUUAAUUAUAAACUAACUAAAGCCACAAGAAUGAGUUUUAUUUAUUUAUUUUUUCUUUCGCUUUUUCCAUUUUAAAAAAGAAAUGUACAAAUAAUUAAAAUAAAGUCUAUAUGUAUAAUCAUACACAAAUUAUAGCUCUAAAGUCCAAGAGGUGUUUCCUGGCACAUUUUCUUUAACUGGAUUUAGUUCCAAUUGUGAAUGCUUCAGGUUCCAAAUUUCUUGGUUCCAUGUCAUUUGUUGUCUGAAUAAAUCAA